AUGGAAUACUACUCUGCCAUUAAAAAUCGUGCAAAUGUGAUUGUUGGGACAAAAAUAAAUGAACACGGAGGUAAUGACAUCAAGCCUGUGUUGGGCUGGAGGAGGAUUUCUGGCCAGAGGAUACAUCUGACUCCUCCUUCUUUGAAAGUCUCCAGACUGCUCGCAGAGCAGAAGAGGCUCUUCGGAGGGAGGGAGGGACUUGUGGAGGCACAGGAACACUGCUGGCUGGGGAGCGCGGCGGAUUCCUUCUUUAUCGCGCGCUGGCCAGCGCCCCAGCAGGCGACCUGGCGAGAGGCGCCGGGAAAGACUACAACUCCCAGCGUCCCCCGCGCCCUCCCGUGCGCCUCUAAGAAGCCGGUCCUGGCAGUCGCUCCCUUCACUUCGCGAAGGUUCCCCUUCUCUAGAGCGCGGACUCCCUCCUUAUCGCGCGGGCCAGCGCGGGAGACGAGAGGCGCCGGGAAAGACUACAACUCCCAGCGUCCCCCGCGCCCGCCCUCCCGCCCGCGCGCCUCUAAGAAGCCGGUUCCGGCCGUCGCUCCGCUCACUUCGCGAAGGUUCCCGCGGAUCCCCGAGGGUCCCCCUCGGCGACAGCGGGGGCGCAUGGCGGCGUGGCACCUGGGCCGGCUGGGCGCAGGCGCGUGGGGGCGCGCGGCCGCCCGCGGGUGCCGGAGCCCGGGCGCCGCCGCGGCAGUCGCGCCUCCGAGGCGCGCGCUGGGGCUGGGGCCGGGGCCGGGCCGGGCGGCGGGCGGCGGCGCGCGGCUGCGUCCCGGGCUGGCGGCGGCGCUGGCGGGGCUGGCGGGGCUGGCGGCCGCCGCCUGGGGCCGCGCGGAGCGGGCGGAGAUGGCGGCGCGGAGGCCGGGGGAGAAGGAGCCGGCGGGGGAGGACGACGACGACGAGCUGGGCCGCCGCUGCCGCCGCUUCAUGGCCGCGCCCGUGACGGAGCUGCGCGAGCUGCGGGCCCGGCCGGGCGACAUGAAGACCCGCAUGGAGCUGCUGGUGCUGGAGACGCAGGCGCAGGUGUGCCGCGCCCUGGCCCAGGUGGACGGCGGCGCCCGCUUCGCCGUCGACCGCUGGGAGCGCAAGGAAGGUGGAGGGGGCAUCAGUUGUGUCCUGCAAGACGGGCAUGUUUUUGAAAAGGCUGGCGUGAGCAUUUCCGUUGUUCAUGGAAAUCUUCCUGAAGAAGCAAUAAAACAAAUGAGAAGCCGGGGGAAAGCUCUGAAGACUAAAGAUGGAAAAUUGCCCUUUACUGCUAUGGGCGUGAGCUCUGUUAUCCACCCAAAGAAUCCUCAUGCUCCUUCUAUCCAUUUCAACUACAGAUACUUUGAAGUAGAAGAAGCUGAUGGCAACAAACAGUGGUGGUUUGGUGGUGGAUGUGACCUCAGUCCAACAUACUUGAACAAAGAAGAUGCUGUCCAUUUUCACAGAACUCUAAAGGAAGCUUGUGACCCACAUGGUCCAGAUCUCUACCCCAAAUUUAAAAAAUGGUGUGAUGAUUACUUUUUUAUAAUCCAUCGAGGAGAACGGCGGGGCAUUGGUGGCAUUUUCUUUGAUGACCUGGACUCCCCCUCCAAAGAGGAGGUGUUUCGCUUUGUGAAGAGCUGUGCCCAGGCUGUGAUUCCUAGUUAUAUUCCCCUGGUGAAAAAGCACUGCAAUGACUCAUUCACCCCCCAGGAGAAGCUAUGGCAGCAGCUCCGGCGAGGACGGUAUGUAGAAUUUAAUCUGCUGUAUGAUCGGGGCACAAAGUUUGGGCUCUUCACUCCAGGAUCCAGGAUUGAAAGCAUCUUGAUGUCUUUACCUCUAACUGCCCGAUGGGAGUACAUGCACUCACCCUCAGAAAACUCCAAAGAAGCUGAAAUUCUGGAAGUUCUGCGCCACCCAAAAGACUGGGUACAUUGAUGCAGGCAGAGUCUUUGGGGUUUAGGGGACACACCAUGUGUUUUCCUGUUCUUUUAGUUGGGUUUGUUGCCACUGUGUGGCACUUCCUUAUUUGUGCCUUAGAUUUCUAGGCUUCUCUCUGGGGCCCACUAUCUCCUGGAAAGUGUUAUUAAGUGUUUGUUUUU